GGCACCGGCGGAGGGUGAAGCGGCCCCGCCUCGCUCCGGCCCCGCGGCUCCGGCCCGGCUGGCCGCAGGCGCCGCGCGGGGGGCGGGCAGAGCUGGGGCUUCUCGGGGCCUCGCGGAGCCUGAAGCCUCCCCAGAUUACGAACUACCAACCGAACCCAACCGGCCUCUCGCGGGUGCCGGCGGCACCAGAGGCUUUUGCGGUGCUGUCACACGUGCUGCUUCCCCAGUACAGAGCGUUUUCAACUGCUCGGCAAACUCUGUAGGUAAUUCCAACUAUCCCUCCUGAAGCAGGCGGCUGUAGAGUUACCUACAGACUGUUCAUGAAUGUCAGACUUGGUCUGGCUUCAGAGUCCAGUUUUGAAAUGCUUUUACUGUCAAGAAAUAAUUGUGCCUGUUAGAAGAACACACAGACAUUUUUUUCCGCGUUUUGAAAAUGCCAAGCAGGCUUUUCACGACUUCGUACAGACUACACAUGCACCACAACUAAAAGCUCUUCAGCAGUUUUCAGCAAUAGCUUGCAAUGGACCAAGACUUGCACUGCACAGCAGAAAGGGAACUGCUGGAAGCUGUAAGCAGUAUUACUACAUUUUCUACCACAAGUCCAUCUCAUGAAGAACAAAAUCAACCCAAAGCUGACACUUCAUGUCAAGUGAGAAAAGAAAACUCAGAAAAAGAUUCCUGUGCAUCCCUAAGUCCCAACUCUUCUAUGACCACUAAGGAGCUUCAGGAAUAUUGGAGGAAUGAAAAACGCCAGUGCAGACAAGUCAAACUCCUUUUUGAAAUCCCAUCAACCAGAAUUGUAGAGCACCACUUAUCCAAAUAUGUGAUGUAUAAAGUCAUCAUUUUGCAAACAGGGAGUUUUGACAGCAACAAGUCUGUAAUUGAAAGGCGUUAUUCAGAUUUUGAGAAACUGCACAGAAGUCUGCUAGAGGAGUUUAGUGAAGAAAUGGAAGAUGUGACCUUUCCCAAAAAAACUCUAACAGGGAAUUUCACAGAAGAAAUAAUCAAUGAGAGAAAAUUAGCCUUCAAGGACUACCUGAGACUUCUAUAUUCUAUGAAAUAUAUCCGAAGAUCAAAAAAAUUUAUUGACUUUUUAACAAGGCCUGAGCUUCAGGAAGCAUAUGGUUGCCUGCGGGGUGGUCAGUACACCAAAGCUUUGGAAAUCCUUUUAGAAGUCAUUGGCCUGCAGGAAAGGCUGACGAGAAGCAGCCCUGUUUCAAUUGUCCCUACCCUCUGUGCUAUCGUGGUGUGCCACAAGGACCUGGAAAACCCAGCAAGUGCCUUUGAAUAUGGAGAAAAAGCUCUAUCACACCUUCAUGUACAUACCAGCCACAGGUAUUACAUUCCAUUAUUAGAAACAAUGAUCACUUUGGCAUAUGAACUUGGCAAGGAUUUUCUGUCUUUGCAAGAAAAACUGGAAGAAUGGAAGGCAAAAAAAGAUCCCAAACGGGUUUUUACCCUGAAAGAACUGGCAGUUCGAGAAUAUGUACAAUGAACACAAGAAAAAAAAUCAUUAAAGAGCAAAGCUGUCAGCUCCUUUUCCAGCACACAAACUCUUGAAAGACUAAGAACUGGAAAUUACCUGCCUGGCUAGCAUAACUUUAUAUUAAUAGAAAAAAAACAAAUACCUUCCAUAUUCAAAAGGGACAUUAACUCAUGUGUUGGAAAAUAUUAUAUUUACUCUACAGAUACGAGGAGCACCUCAGCUAAUUAAGGUUUUUGGAAAGAAAUUUGCAACAAGACAUCAUUUAUGAUUUGCUUAUUUUGCAUAUAGCCUAUUUUGUGUGGAAAGUCAGAACAGGAAAGUAGAAUUGAUAAAACACUUAAGAAUCUGCAGAAUCAGAGGCAUUGUUUGCUCAUGUGGAAACUACUUCCUUUCAAGAAGAGAAAUAUUUUCUGAGUUGAUGCAAUCUAAAUGAUGCAUCUUCAGACACUGAAUGUGGUUUUUUUUACUCCUCCAGCUGAUGCCUGGUCAAACAGCACUUUGCUGUUUCUGAGUAUGAUGGGAUCGCUCCUGUUCUCACUGAAGUCAGCUGCUGUGGGCAGGAGGACCUGGGGGGAAGGUUUACAAUCAACUUUGGUAGGGGCAAAAAAUACAAGCGAUGAUCAGUCCAUCAGACAUGAGGGAAUAUACUUCAUUUCCCUUUUGUAGCUGAUACAGUUUUAUGACUUGCAUUGAAGGCACAUUCUCGUUUGGGGUGAUCUUUAAGUACAGCUCUGACCAGGGUAGAAAAUUCAUACCACGUGCACUAUAUAAAUAACGGAUAGGAAUCACAGAAGGGUGCUGUUGGGGAGAACAUCUGGCCAAUAUAAGGCUAGCAUUUAAUUCUGAUGAUCAAGCUGUGAGACACAUGGUUAACAGACAGUCUGUGUUAAGCAUGUGCUUCCCCGUUGCCUUUGAGAGGUUUAUGUAAAUUUGGCAUUGUCUUAGUUUUACAGCCUGGUACAGCAUACAAAUACUAUCUUGGUGGCCCUGUGAUAUUAUAGCUAAUUGUGUAUAUCUGUAUACCUGUAUUCCAAGUACAGAUACUACAUGCACCACAAGGACACUGUCUAUAAAUUAGGAAUUACUGUAUUAACUUAGCUCCCAAAUUCAUAAAAGUAUCAGCUAAUUGAAAGUGUACUGAACCUGAAAAACAUUACUGUGCAUUGUUACAAGAAUGAUGGCUUGGAAAAAAUACAGAAUGAUAGCAGUGUCUAGGGUGGAAAGUUGAUACUCUAAGUAGCUAUUAACAGCUAGACAAACUCAAAAUACUUGGACUAUUUGUUAUUUGACAAUUAUUAAUUUUUCUAGUUAUACUAGAAGAGAAUUAAGAUUAAUUAAGAGACUUCAGAACUAAUCUUCCCACAACAUAUCAUAUUGCAGGACAGUUAAAAUGGAUCAAAUGUAACACCUUCUUAGAGAAUCGCGUGUGAAUCAGUAACGAAGUGGUGAAGAGGAAAGCAUGUCUGGGGUCUGAAAGGUAACUUGAAGUUAAGGCAGAAAGGAAGCACAGCCAUCACGCUGCUCUAUCUCCACAGCAGUUUGUGGUGAAAGACUAAAAGACGAGGGAAAAAUCGUUUCCCCUGCUUUUCCUCCCUGCCAUCAUUGUGUGCAGCAUUCCAAGCCCAGCUGCCUUGGAUUCUCCUCAGGUUCCUGCGGGACUGUAUGUGAGUAGCUAAUUGUGUGCACAGAACCUCACUUUACAGCUGACUACAAGAUUCGAGGAUCCAUCAGUACAUGCUGUCUAGCAAGGACAAGUAGCAGGGAAAGCGGCACAUCAGAAAGAUCCAUCUUAGCAUUUACAUGUGGUAGUGCUAUAACUUUCCAUCUCUGAAAGAUUAACUGAUCCAAACCUAACCAAUUUUUGUUGGCAUGGCAGUGCACAUUAUGAAUAUGAGGAGGUGCAAUUUGGCUAAGAGAAAAAUUUACAUAAUUCAAAAGGCCUUAAAAUAAACAGUGCCAAAACCCCCCACUGUUUCGUUGGUGUAAGCCAAAUUUCUUCUGAGAAUGCUUUUCUAUAUAAUGUACUAGCAGAGUUUUGUCUAGCAAAACAGUCCUAGAAGAGGUCGCUUUGUCCCUAUCCACCAGAAGGCAGAGGUCAGUCUCCUUGUAUUAUAGGGUAAAAUGAACUAAAUAAAUACAGGAAUGGUGUGAAGAAA